AGGCGAAUCGUCGAGACUGCGCCUGCGCCUAGUCUCAGAGGCGGGGCCCGGCGGACUGGGCAGGAGGGCUGGAAAAGCUGGCGCUGGAGUGAGGACUGGAGUAGCUGCCCGCGCCCCAGCUGCCGGGGCCCUCCGACUCCCCCCGAAGCGCAGGCGGCCCCAGGGAUGGGCCCGCGGCAGCCAGGUACAUUGUUUCUCUGAAGAGAAUUGACCAUAUCAGAAUGAAAAGAAGCUCUCUGUGCAGACUGCUGUCUGUGGAACCUUUGAAGACAAUAAAAUAGUGUUCGAUUCUAUAGUGAUCUUCUCUGGAUCAAGCUAUGGUGAAAAAUGUUUCGGAAAGGCAAAAAACGACACAGCAGUAGCAGUUCCCAAAGUAGUGAAAUCAGUACUAAGAGCAAGUCUGUAGAUUCUAGCCUUGGGGGUCUUUCCCGAUCCAGCACUGUGGCCAGCCUUGAUACAGAUUCCACCAAAAGCUCAGGACAAAGCAACAAUAAUUUAGAUACCUGUGCAGAAUUUCGAAUAAAAUAUGUUGGUGCCAUUGAGAAGCUGAAACUAUCUGAGGGCAAAUGUCUGGAAGGGCCACUAGACCUGAUAAAUUACAUAGAUGUUGCCCAGCAAGAUGGAAAGUUGCCUUUUGUUCCUCUGGAGGAAGAAUUUAUUAUGGGAGUUUCCAAGUACGGUAUAAAAGUAUCAACAUCAGAUCAGUAUGAUGUUUUGCACAGGCAUGCUCUAUAUUUAAUCAUCCGGAUGGUGUGUUAUGAUGAUGGUCUGGGGGCAGGAAAAAGCUUAUUGGCUUUGAAGACCACAGAUGCAAGCAAUGAAGAAUACAGCCUGUGGGUUUAUCAGUGCAACAGCCUGGUGAGACUUUGUUACCUUGGAACAAGCACAAGCAAUUUGCAAAGUUUUAUCCACUGCUUUUGACUCCGUAUUAACAUCUGAGAAAUCUUGAAUUCUGCAAUCAAGUGGAAGUCAACUUCAGCUGUUUUCUGAACAGUUGUUUUCAAUCUGUAAUGCUGAACUGUUAUGGAAAUACGCAGUGAGUCCUUGCUCUAGAUUUUCUGAAGAAAAUGCAAUGUAUAAAAUUGAUCAUUUGUUUUUAUAUUAAAAUGUGUUGUAUUAUACAGUGA